AUGGCGCGCACUACCACUCCCCCUCUGAGCAACGGCUCUACGUCCAGCUCCGAUGAUAGCCCCUCCGAGCAGCAGCCAACAAGUUCGCAUCUCCCGGACUACGGCUUCGCCACUGGCAGCGCUCCGCAACCAUCCACAUCGGCCGACGUCGAAAAGAUUACCGCUACCCUUCAGAGCGCCUCCAUCAAGAUCUGUGAUGGUCCUGGUCUCACUCCCGAAGAACGCAAAGAGCUUGAAAAGGCGCUUCAGGACGGCGUCCGUGUCGGCCUGAUCAACACGAGUGCUCAGCGAUUCUGCUCGCUCGAUCGUCUCAAGGACCACCUCAAGCUUCUCGAUCUCUUUGAUCGACUGCGGGAAGCUGUUCACAAAGGAACCGAAUACUUUGACUAUCCCUCUUGCCACCAAGACGCAGGUCACAUCGACGAACCAGGCAUCGACGCUCCUCCGCCUCCUUACGCACCCGCUGCAGACCCAGUUCCUCAAGUCCAUCCCAAGACCGGUCUUAGACCAACCAAAGAAGAGGCGGACAAGGCCGCUGCCGAGCUCAGCCAGCAGCUUCUUCAAGAGCGUCGAUGGAACAUCUUUCUCAACCGCGCUGCAUACCGUGUCGAGCUGUGGUGCCAAAAUGUUCUCUCCUCCUCCAAGCUCAACAAUCACUACAACACGGUUCUGAAACCUCAGCGCGAUCAAGACACGACAAAGGCACCGCUAGACGGCUUCGAUCUCCCCGACUUUGCGUUGCCUCCCAUCGACGUCGCCCUCAUGCUCCAUGCCUAUCACCUCAACCCGCUCCACAAGGAGGAAGAUACCCAACGCCUCCGAUCGCGUUACAAUCUCUUCAACUUUGACUAUCCACUUCGCCAGCUCGCUCAACGCGCUCAUUCCACCCUGCCUAUUCUCAACAACGUCGAGCCGGCAAAGACAUUCUGGAACGAGGCCGUCACCGCCAAGCGCUCUAAGCAGCCCUGGGAUCUCAGCCUGCAACCCCCUCCUGGCCAUCCAACCCACGCUCAAGAAACCUACGGUGGCUCCAUUUUUGGUCUUUCCAUCGACUGCCCGCGCUGCAAAACGUCUCAGUUCAUCCCCUGGACCGGUGUCGGCGACAAGCCUCAGCAACUCGGCCUCGGUGAAACCGGAUGGCAACGCACCUGCUCGGAUCAGGGCUGUGGCCAAUCCAUCGCCGCCGAACAUCUCCAAAUGCGUCGCUUUCUGGACCAUUAUGCCCUCUGGCGCACCUCGACUCAUCGUCCUCAGAAGGUUCUCUAUCCGGAGGGUGUUUUUUGGAUGGCUGGCACCAAGCUCGCCGAUCCGCAUCGUCAGAACGUGGCCAUUGACAAUCUUGGCGGCGCUCUGUUGGAACCCAUCUUCCGCAGCGAAAAGCCCUGCAGGAUCCUCUACGCCAAUCGUUACGUCACACACAAGCCAGGCAAAGGGCAUUCGACUCAAGAGAUCACUGAGAUUGCCGAACAGUGCGACUACAACUUCAUCACCUUCCGCAAGUGGUUCGAGGAUCGCUGGAUGAGCGAUGCCGUCUCGCCCAGACUCAACAGCGAUCAAGCUAAGGGACAGCAGAUGGCGCGCAUCGCUGCCGUGAUGCGAUGCUAUCAGACCGGCAAUGCUGCCGCCUUCGGUGAAGCCUCCUGUGAUCUGGUCGAUGCUGUCAAGCGACAGACGUCCUUCAAUAAAGAGAUGGAGAAGUUGGGCUGGUCCAAGCAUCCAGACCUCUUGGAUCAGGGAGCCCUCGACGACGUUCUCUCGCGCAGUCUGAUCCGAUACUACAAGUUUUUGGAUCUCAUGGCAUCAACUCACACGCUCCUUACGCCGACGUUGGACAUCGAUCUCUGCUGGCACACGCAUCAACUUCAAGCAAAAUACUAUGACCAGAGCUUCCGAUUGGUCGGUCGCUUCAUCAACCACGACGACGCCAUCGAGACCGGCAUCCUCAAGAACGCCUUCGACGUCACGGCGACACUGUGGAAAGACCGAUACGGUCAGCCGUUUUCACUUUGCGGCUGCAUCUACAACAAUCCCGGUACCGUCAAGAAGCUCAAAGGCUUCCUCGGUGGCAACAGUACUGCGGCCGAGUCAUCCGAUGCUGCAAAUGAAAAGUCGUCCGGUUUCGCCUCUCGUCUCAAAGGCAAGUGGCGAGCUGCCAAGGCGCUCAACGGCGACCAGCAGGAUCACACCACCCACUGGCAGGACGCCACCCACCCGAGCGCGCAUCAGGCCGUCAUCGUCAAAGAGGCCGAGGAGUCUCACGACAAAUUACGCGAGCAGAUGGUCAAAGAGUGGGCCCAGGGCAAACGCCGAGAGGGCCACGAAAGUGCCUUUGUGUUCGGAUACAACACUCCUGGCUUGUACCCCUUUUACCACUCACCCCUUUACAGCACACAUGUUGUCAGUCGAGGCUCGACAGGCGAUGCUGUCAACGCAUAUACCACUUAUGGUGCUUAUGGAUUGAUGGCGGUCUCGAUGAAUCCUGUCGGUGGCUUUGCGGCCGGAUACAGCCUCGGUCUCAUGGGCGCGGCUGGGGUCGGCUGUGGGGGCGGCGGUGGCGGCUGCGGUGGUGGAGGAGGAGGCUGCUGA